CUACGGUAGGACCUAGUACCGUAGUUUUGAGCAAGGCAAGAUCAGGAAAGCAUACCGUAGGUUGCAUCGUAGUGCAAUUUUGAAGAAGAGCUGCUCAAGAAACAGGCAAAGCAAUCCUGCAGGUGUCUUGCUUAUUAAUAUUGUGGAGAGUGAAGCUUUUCUAGGCUGAUGUUGCUGUCCUCUCCUGAAAAGAACUUUGUGAACGUCGCAAUUCUGGGGUAAGAAGAAGCCACAAGAGUGUUCAAAGAUAGUCCUCUCGCAAUGGCUACCUUUGUUCCCAUAUUAUUUUCUGCCAUUCUCCUCCUUGUUCCCUCUGCCGCUGCUUUUGAUCUUGGUAUCAACUGUGGGGGCCCCUCCAGUGUAAAUGCGUCCUCCGGUGCUAUCUACUCCCCAGGCAACAAUUACACAAGCAGCACAAAUGCUAGCAUGGUCUAUCAGGCGGACGCAUUCUACUCGGGCACAGAUCUAAGAAUCGUGAGUUACGGGAACCUGAGCACAAAUGCCAGUUUCAGUGGGGUGCCCGAUGUGGCAUUGUACGCGACUGAGAGGACCGGUCAGCUGAUCAGGUACGAUGUGAACGUGCCCAACGGGAACUACUCAGUGGCUCUUAUUAUUGGCAAUGUUGCAAGGACUCUCCGACCCUCGCCUAGAAUCCAAGUCCAGAAUGUUAUAGUUGAUCAAGGGGGCGUGACGCCAAUUGUGGAGCCCAAUGCAACGGUUAACCCGAGUAUUGUCGAGAUUCUGACGGCGCAAGCAAGCGUGACAACAGGACUCUUGAGUAUUGUCCUGACAGCUGCCGGAGCGCCCGCCCGCAUCAGCGCAAUCCGCAUCUCUGACAACAGCACGACGUCAAACAGCUCGCUGGCUUUACCCACGAGCUUCGCGAUCAACUCCGGUGGUGCCGCUAUCGGAAAUUACACGGCUGAUGCGUACUAUUACGGGACAAGCACCACAAUCCUUUCCACCGCCCAAUUUUUCAUUGCUACCCCCCAGCAAGAUGCUCGCACGGGUCCCGAUUUUGGUUACGCCCUUAACCUUGCGCGGGGAAACUACGAGGUCGAUCUCGACUUCGGGACUGGGCUUUUUAACACGACUGGCCAGCCAAUUGUGCUGAUCCAGGGCGUCCCCGUCACACUCCCCGCCAACGCGAGCUCGCUUACCACCGCUGCUUACGUCAGCAACGGUCUCCUGACGAUCGGCCUCCGCGGCGCGAACGGCAGCAACGCCACGGUGGCGAGCGUCAACGUGGUGCCAAGUGGCAACUCCCGAUUGGUCGCGGUCGCGGCGGGCUCCCCGCAGGACGUGCUCUCGGGGCGGGGAAUCGUGUUCAGCCGGGACCAGUACUUCACUGGUGGCACAAACUAUUCCCUCGCCUCGAACGUCACUCUCCCGUCGUACCGGUCGGCCGAGGUAAACAGCGACCUGUACAAAAACGGACGCACCGGUAACUUCAGCUACAGCCUCCCCGUGGGACUCGCCGGGACCUACCUGGUCGAUCUACACUUUGCGGAUCCCGUCGCUUCCGGUGCCGGACAGCGCGUGUUCAACGUGUCCGCCCAAAACGUCAUCGUGGCGCCCAAUGUCGACAUCUACGCCACGACGGGGGCCAACUUCACAGCGCUCGUGCUACAGGUUCCGGUCAACCUAACCCAGGGCGGUAACCUAACCCUUUCCUUCGCCGGCACGUCCCCGCUUCCCCCCCUCCUCAACGCAGUUUUCGUUCACUCUGCCCCGGGGCCUAUUCCCGCCAUCGCCCCCGCCCCCGCCCCCGCCCCCAACCUUCAAACCCCGGUGACGUCAGCUGCGAGCCCCCAGGUCGCGCCAGCUGUCGCGCCUGCCACGUCAGCAGGCACAGCGGUGCCGUCGCCUGCGGUUACCGCAGUUACGGCCGGGCCGGCUAGCGCGCCGACUGCCACGUCAGCAUUUGGUUUCUUGGCGCCGUCGCAGGCGGGAAGCUUCCCGUCAGGCGCGACCGGUUUGAUCGCGGGCGUCCCCGUUCUGUCCCAGUCCCCACCCGCCGUCAACAACGGAAAAUUCUCUUUUGCGGUCCUCUGCGGAGGCUUCUCUGAUUACGUCAGCACGUUCGGCGUGACGUUCAAGGCUGACGACACCCCCUGCCUCAACCUCCGCGACAUGCCCCCCGGAGCGCCGUACUGCCGGUUCGACGAUAACGGUGCGAACGGGGGGUUCGCGGCAUCCACCGAACAAACCAUUACCGGGACUACUGACCCUAAGAUCUUUCAGGCGGAGCGGAUUGGGACGAACCACUACCUGAUUGUGGUCCCCGCAGGCCGUUACAGUGUCAACACCUUCUUCGCCGAGAUCUCGCCCAACGACACGACCAUUUUCAACGUCAAUGAGCCCGGCCAGCGCGUUUUGAACAUUGAGUACCUCGGCAUUCAAGAGGGCGCGACGAUAGGCGUCGAUCCGUUCAAGGACGCGGGGGGAAAGUUCAAGGCGGCGCCCGUUCGAGCCAGAACAGUCCAAUUGGACGGCCCCAAUUUGGAGGUCUAUUUCCGGGGGACCGGGACUCGAGAUGAGCCCAAAAUCAGCGCGAUCUGGGUCUACUCGACGGAUUCUCCGUUGUCAUAAAGGUUUUGCAGGUCCCGUGCACAGUGCAAAUCUGAUGCCACAACUUGUAAAAGGACGUAUUUAUUCUGCGGCGAAUGAAAGAAGAACAGAGGUCGACCUGGCAUAUGAGCACGGACCGGUAGAUGAGGGAUAGAGGUUUCGUCUAAGUUAUGGUUCGUCAGUUGCUAAUUUAUUCGACAAAUUGACCAGCAAUGCAGUUGAGGACGGUCAAUGAAAGCCUCCGCAAGUUUCAAUUGUAUUUCAAGCGUGCUGAUCAUCGUGCGUGCUAGCACACAAGGAAUUCUAGUGACACUUGGGAUCUCUUCAAACGCCGUUUUUACGCAACGCCAAAUGGUGCAUGCCUCGGA